GGGCAGUCAGGAAAUUAUCCGGCUUCCGCCUACCAAACGCAUGCCGCUCAGGCACAGGAGAAUCGUUAUGCCGCCGCCGCCCUGGCAAGUCUCAGCGGCUUAGGCUUGGUCACGCUACCUACAGCCGCAGGAGGUGGCGGCGAAUUAGCCGCUUCCGGUUAUUGCACUCUGCCACGUGGCCUGGCCAACCACGUCUUGCGAGCGCAUUCGCAACCACCGCCUGCCUUCUAUUCAACCACAACGGCUCCACCAGCCGGACCUUCAGGGGUCCCGGCGACAAUGGGCUCCGGGGCGAUUGGAGCCUCGGACGCCUUCGUCAUGAUGGCACCACCACCAAGGCGAUCGGCGCUACCGGCCAGUCUGCUUAGUGAGGCGACACGUCUGCAACAGCAACAGCAACAGCAGCUACUCUUGAGGCAACAGAUGCAGAUGCACCAAGCAGCAGGCUCGAGCCUACAGCGGCUGUACCCAGACCACGGAAAUCAACAGCAUCAACAGCCAGCAGCCAUAGGAUCUCUCGAUCAGGUCAGUUCAGAGGGCAAGUCGAAAAAUGUACUGCUGGCAUGCAUCUCCGUCCUGAUUGAUUGA